GGUACAAGGAGACUCACGUGGCGGUAAAGCUUCGUGAUUGGACAGGAGUCACGCGUUGCUGAACAAUCAACGCAGUUGCCACCGUAAACUCAGUUGAAAAUGUCAAGUAUAUAAAAAUCUCAGUGAUGGUGCAAGUACAGGAUAGAGAAACUGGUUUAUCGAAAAAUGAGUACCUUCUUGCUGGUUCUGUCAGUGGUUUUGUUGCUAGGGCAGUUGUACAACCUUUGGACGUAAUUAAAAUACGUUUUCAGCUACAAAUGGAACCAAUCGAAGUUUCCAGAACGAGCAAGUAUCAAGGUCUUAUGCAAGCCGUCAGGUGCAUAAGCAAGGAAGAGGGCGCUAUUGCUUUUUGGAAAGGUCAUGUUCCUGCUCAAAUGCAGUCGGUUACGUUCACUAGUGUUCAGUUUCUUACUUUUGAAGUGAUUCUUUCGUGGCUGCGUGAAGUCAACAGUCUCCUUAUUUCAGAUAACAAAAUAUUUGGCUUACCUAUUACCUACAAACCUAUUGGUAACUUUCUGUGCGGAUGUGGAGCGGGCUCUUUAGCAGCAGUAGUUACUCAACCACUAGACGUCCUACGCACACGUUUCAUUGCUCAAGGUGAGCCGAAAACUUACGGGAGCAUGUCACAUGCAGCUGUUUCCAUCAUAACUCGUGAAGGUGCUCAAGGGUUUUUCCGUGGGCUUGUACCAUCUCUUCUUCUUAUAGCACCACAAACAGGGAUUCAAUUUGCCAUUUAUCAUUCAUUAAACCAAAUGAUUAAUCAAGGAAAGUAUUAUUUGCAUCCCAAUCUCAUUGAUAAGUCACCACAAUUCCAUAGCGGUAACCGUUCAGUUGGUCCUGUUCAAAGUUUGAUCUCUGGUGGACUUGCAGGGAUUGGAUCCAAAUGUGUAAUAUAUCCACUUGAUAUGGUGAAAAAACGUAUGCAAGUUCGGGGUUUUGAAGAAGCGCGUGCUCAAUUCGGUCGAAUUCCUAUCAGAAAUGAUGGUCUUUGUAGGUGCUUACUUGAAAUAUGGCAAAUGGAAGGAGCUUCAGCAUUUUUUAAAGGAUUAAGACCCACUUUACUCAAGUCUUUUGUUUCUAUCUCGUGUCGAUUUACUGUGUAUGAACAAAUUUGCAGAUUUCUACUUUAUCAAAAGCACUCAUAAAAUCCUAAUCAUAAUGUACCGUGAUAUUUAUCCCUGGAGCUCAAUCCAAGUUUUGUCAAUAAACUUUUCAGCGUUGUAUAUUUUUAGUCUAUUUUUACCAGACAAAACUGUUAAUUAGUCUAAUUAGGGUUGAAUUUUUCGCAUUGAAUCUAUCCUCGACUUGUUCUUCCUUCAAAGCCAGUUAUUUUCAUAUUGUCUUCUCCACAUUCUCUAUAUCUUUAAUAUGACUGUCAUCAUAGUGUUAUAUUUUCUGCUAUCCAGUUGAUCGACUUGUCGUUAUAUCAUCUAUCUUACUCUAUUCUUAAUUUAUGUCUGUCUUUUUUCUCCUUUUUCAUUAUUGUCAUGGUCUUUUAUGUAGAUGUAUACUUUUCCUCUUUUAACUCGAACACUUCUGUCGGCCAAAAAUGAGAUAAAAAUUUCUUGUAGUUGAACAAAUAAGAGAUAAAGUUGGAGAUGUUUGCUUAUUAAUGAUCAUUGUA